AUGUCUGUCUUUCAGGUGGGAAGAGCUAGUGGUGUUCUUGGGACAAUGAAUUGGCUCCUUAGGUCCUGGAGUCGUUCCAGGAUUAACUUGUGUGGAACUGUUACCUUACAGUUACGUGUGAAUUUGGCACGCCACCGUAUUAUAUUCAACAGAUGUUUGAAAACUUCAUCUGUCCUUUCUGGUGAUAAAAAUGGUAAGGAUUCAGAUUUGGUGGAAGAAAAUCAAAUUCUUGCUACGGUUGCCUCUAUUGGUAAACGAGGUGAUGAAAUUUUUCUAUACGAGGACGGUCUUGAUUUGGAAAAGUUCCAUUACGAAACAAAUAAAACUUCACGUGCACUUAUCGACACGAUUGAACCAGAGGUAUUGAACAUUGAGGCCUUUACAGAUAUCUAUGAACAACCUUUUCCUAAAUGUUCAGGAUGUGGGGCUGUUUUCCAGAGCGAAGAUCCCGAGAAGCCGGGUUACGUUAUCCCCUCUAAGAAUCCAGUAACAGGAGAUCAGAUCUCAAACACUGGCUUGACAUCGAGAACACUUGUCUGUCAAAAAUGCUUCAAUCUAAAACAUUACAACAAGCCCUUUCCUAUUACUGUAACUUCCAGUGAGAUAAAUGAGUACUUAAGACACUUGCAGAGAAGAAAAGGCUUGAUUCUCUAUGUUGUAGACUUGUUAGACUUACCUGGAAGUCUUUUCCCGAAUCUUCUUGAAACUGUGGGUGAAGCUAAGCGGGUUAUCGUAGUGGGAAACAAAAUAGACACCCUUCCUGUAGACGGCCAUACUGGCAAGCAAGAGGAACAUCUCCAAAAAAUGCUUUUCACAAUGUGUAAAGCUCAUGGUCUUGAGGGUGCGAACAUUAAGAGUACCUGCCUUGUGAGUGCCAAGUCUGGCUUUGGUAUCCUACAGCUAGCGAUUAAGAUCUUAGAACAUUGGGAUCAUAAAGGUGAUAUUUACCUCGUUGGGUGUAGUAACACUGGCAAGACGUCUUUGUUUAAUCUUUUGUUGGAUCUAUUCAGUGUUUAUAAGAAAGCUGACCUCUUGCAGCGGGCAACUGUUAGCCUGUGGCCAUGCACUACGCAAAGAAUGUUAAGGUUUCCUAUUAGUCACUGGAUGUUAAAGAAACUUUGUAUGAGACUAAGAGAAGGUGUUGAAAAGGUGGGUACGAAAGGCACUCAAACAAGUUCUCAGUAGACCUUAUACACAAUACCCGCCAAUUUUUCAUGUGUUUUAGGAUUGCUGGGAUAAAUGCAAUGUCACACAGUAUUUUAGAGGGCGAACAAAUGAUAGAAUUUGCCAAUAGCAGUAACCAUGGUCAAGUUUUUUUUACAUUGCAUUCUCUCAAAACAAGACGUCUAUUGUUACGCAAAAUAUGCAGUGCAAGUUGGGACAAGUUUUAAGUCGUGAUUGCUCACUGUGAGGACAUUCUAUGGUUGGUCGCUACUGUGUACAAACAAAGUAACAAUGAUCACUUUUGGGUGGAGGGUUUGCAGGGGUUGUAACUUUGGAUUUUUUGUGGUAUAAAAUAUUAUGCCUUAGACUGGGUUUAAGCAGGCUUGAAAUGUAUGUUAUAUGUCAUAAUUAAAUUCAAGUUAAAACUUUUAACUGAGUUGGAAAAAUUAUUUAUUGCUAUUUCACCUUGAUUUUUUAAUUUUUGUUGUUGUUGUAAAUUAGGGUUAGGAGAUAAAAAGUAAUAAAAUACAAAAAAAUCAAAAUUUUUGCUUUCAAAAAAAAAAAAAAUAGAAAAAAGCAGUAGUUUGCAAAAUUUUUGGGAACUGUGCAAAUAGAACCACAAUUUCAAUUCUCUUUACCCUUUGCUUCUUUUUAUAAUUUUCAAUAUUGCAAGGAAGUUUAUUCUGGGGUCCAAAGUUUAUUUUUUAUGCACAGUGUUUGCCCUCAUUCUACCCUGUGUGCAUUGGUUUCUCCAGGACAGAUGGUAUGCUACAAAGGAAGACAAACCACUGUGAGCAACCAUUUGCUUUUCCAACGAGCAUACAUGUCCAUGUGAUGGCUGUAUCAAAACGUCAAAUGACGUAACUUUCUCAUUUUGCAAGAAACAGUACAUAAUUUUAGAUCCAAUGACGCAAUGGCAACAAGAACUUCAAAAAGCAAUAGGUUUAAUAAGCAAAACAACAGCUUUCCAUGUGCAUCACACUUGUCUGUUUCUUUGCCAUUUUUGCACGUAAGAUUGUAAAAAUGCCUAAUGUCAAAUUUUACAGAGGACGUUAUCAAGCAAUGACAAGCCGGGAUAUGGUCCCUAGGAAUUCAACUCCAAUUUGGUUUGCUUACAUUUGACUAAAAUGGAACAGUUACGAUAAAGAGUGAAAGAGACUGCAAAAUUCACAGCAGGCUGUCAUUAAGGCGCAGUUAUUAUUUUAAAUGCAUGAGAGUGUUAACUUGUUUUUAAACAAGUGUUACCUGAUUUAUUCAUCCAUGGCACUGUAAGGUGGCUCAAUCAAAGAAUAAAAUGGUUGCUUACAGGGGUUUCUCUCCCUUCUGUGUAGCUUCUGGCAGGGAGAAACCACGUACUGCUUGCCGGGCAUCCUCAUUCAGGCAUAACAAUAGAAAUGUUAGAUACUUUGGUAAGAUGAUUUCUUUACUGAAUAUUUCAUUCCUUUUGGCAGUACUCAGAUGAUCGUGAAAUAGAAAUUGACAAUGAGAUCAUUGACAAAGAGGAAACAGACUACAGAGAACGUGGAAAACACACAAGAAAGCGUCUACAAGCUCUUGUUCCCUCUGAGCCAGAUAAUAGAUCCUCUGGGAUCACUGUUGUUCAACCAAGCUUUGUGAUGGAUCAACCUAAUAAGAAACAAACUUGGUUGUAUGAUACUCCAGGAAUUAUCAAUGAGAAACAGGUUUGAUGAACUGUGCUCUUUUACAGUGCCUGCAUGCAGGACUGAGCUCUUGCAGUGCCCUGAGUGGCCCCUGGCAACUUACUUUUGCUUUUUGAUGACUACAGUAAGAAAUCUUAGUUUUUUCAUAAAAAAUCACAUACUGGGCACCCUGGAUUUCACAGGCUCAAAGUUCUUGGCUUGCUGCAAUAUUUUUCUGAGAGCACAGCCUUGAGACCUACCAGUCUGUUGAGUUUUAGACUGGGUGAUUUUUUUCAUUUCAAAAUUGCUUUGAUCUGAAUGAACAGUUAUUGUGUAGACCUUUUUGGACUGCUUUUUGGAGUACGUGAUACAUUACAUGUAUAUUAGUUCAAAAAUCAUGUCAGUGCCCUUGAUCAAAUAGAAGAAACCUUUCAUUAUACAAAAGAAAAAUGGCGACAGAUAAUAUUUUUUUGGCCUUAAUUUGGUUCAGAAGGAAGAAACAUCUAAGAAAAAAUCUCUGAACCAUGUUCUUUAGGUGAAAUAUGCUGAUAUCCAGGCAGUGCAAUUAAAAGCCACAUGGAAAAACUUAUGUCUUGGAAUUGCUCAAUCAUUUUGUUCUUGACUGCUUUAGCGAUUGUUUCCACAACCUAUCUGUUAUUGGAUGACUUGUAAAUUACAUUGGGUUGAAUAUAAAGUACUGUUCAAAAUUUUGUUUAACUACUUGGACGGGCCUCCCUCUAAUUUCACCUCCUGCAGUUUCUCUCCAGACUUUGGGCUACUUUAUAAAAAGGUGGAAACAUAGUUAUAGCUAAAAGCGUUUUUAUUGAAAAGAUACCAGGCCUGGAAAUAAAUGUUUUGAAAGUGUCUGAGAUCUAAGUUAGGAUUAGGUAAGCAUCCAUCUGGCUGUUGUUCAUCAGUUUUUACUUAAUGAAAUUAGUCCUACAUGUGAUUUAAAGGUACUUUUCUCAACAGAUUACAAGCUUGCUGACAAUAGAUGAGCUGAAACUCUUAAAUCCUACUCUUUGGCUUGUACCCAGGACUUUCAUUCUCAAACCAGGCUAUUCCUUGCUGUUAGGUGGACUGGGCAGAGUGGACUACCUUGAGGUA